ACCCGAAAGGCAUCGCGCGCUUGUUUCGCCGAGGUCAAGAUGGCGGCGAGGGCGCCUGCUUCAGCCGGUGGGCGUCUGCUUGAAGGUCUUCGCAAAUGGUAUUACAAUGCUGCUGGAUUCAAUAAGUUAGGUCUCAUGAGAGAUGACACCAUGUACGAGGACGAAGAUGUGAAGGAAGCACUGAAGAGGCUUCCCGAAGAUGUGUACUAUGCGAGAUUAUUUCGCAUCAAAAGAGCAUUAGACUUGAGCAUGAGGCAACAAAUUCUUCCCAAAGAACAGUGGGUAAAAUACGAAGAGGACAAAUAUUAUCUGGAGCCAUACCUGAAAGAAGUCAUUCGAGAAAGAAUCGAAAAGGAGGAGUGGGAGAAGAAGUAACUGGUU